AAAUCAAGAAAAUAUCACCCACACAAAAGGACAGAAGGCCAGAGACAGAAAAACAAAACAAAGAGAGGGAAAAAGGGUGAGAGGUGAAAAAAAAAAGCAGAAAAAAUGGGGUUCGAAGGGGAAAAGAGAGAAGAGGAAGAAGGAGUAGUAAUGGCUAAUGAUUUCUUUUGGUCAUAUACUGAUGAACCUCAUGCUUCUCGUAGAAGGCAAAUCCUCUCUCAGUACCCUCAGAUCAAACAGCUUUUUGGCCCUGACCCUUUUGCCUUUCUCAAGUAUCCUUCCUAUUCUUCCUCUCGAGCCGAGGGUCUUCCGGAAACAGCUUCUCUGCCCUCCAGGGUAGGGAUAUCUGGAGUUGUUUUGCUUCAGCUUUGGACUGCUACCUUCCUUCAUGAUGCAAGUUGGCUGAAGAUAUUGAUAGUAGCUUACUUUUUCGGCUCUUUUCUAAACCACAAUCUCUUCUUGGCUAUUCAUGAACUAAGUCAUAACCUCGCUUUCUCUACUCCAGUCUACAACCGUUGGCUUGGAAUUUUUGCCAACCUUCCCGUGGGUGUGCCCAUGUCUGUUACCUUCCAAAAGUAUCACCUCGAGCACCAUCGCUUCCAAGGAGUUGAUGGAAUCGACAUGGACAUCCCGAGUCUUGCUGAAGCCCAUGUCGUAAAAAAUGUACUUGCAAAAUCUAUAUGGGUCAUUCUUCAACUUUUCUUUUAUGCUUUCCGGCCACUUUUUCUUAAACCUAAACCACCUGGCAUAUGGGAGUUCAUUAAUUUGAUUAUCCAGCUAUCCCUCGAUGGAGCUAUGGUUUACUUCUGGGGCUGGAAAUCACUCGCUUAUCUAAUCCUGUCCACCUUUGUUGGGGGCGGGAUGCAUCCAAUGGCUGGUCACUUCAUCUCCGAGCAUUAUGUCUUCAAUCCUGAGCAGGAGACAUACUCCUAUUACGGUCCCCUUAACCUUAUGACUUGGAGCGUAGGAUACCACAACGAGCACCACGACUUUCCCAGAAUUCCCGGAAGCAAACUCUACAAGGUGAAGGAGAUCGCACCAGAAUAUUAUGAAAACUUAGAUUCUUACAAAUCUUGGAGCCAGGUCAUCUACAUGUACAUAAUGGAUCGAACAGUUGGACCUUUCAGCAGAAUGAAGAGAAAGCUGUCAACGAAGGCAAACAAGUCCGAAUAGUUGCAGUGGUAGUCGUUGAUUCCUUGCUAAUACUUUCAGUCUUACUAUGUGAUAUUUCUUGUCUGUUUUGAUUCUUGUAACAAUAUGAUAUAGUUUCGGCAUCAUGUGCAAUAGAGUUGAUGUAGCAGUGACUAAGUUCAUCUUUAAUCAUGUAUAAUAUCCUUAGUUAUGGGAUUUCCAUGUUAUUUA